AUGGAAACAAAUUUGGGGUUAGUUGCAGGCUCUCACAACAACAAUGAAUUCAUUAUUAUACGUCAAGAUGGAGAUUUUGGUAGGAGAGAGUUGCAAGAAUACAAUGGUGAAACAUGCCAAUUAUGUGGAGAAGAUAUUGAUGUUAAUGAAGAUGGUGACACUUUUGUGGCUUGCAAUGAAUGUGCUUUUCCUGUUUGUAGAAGUUGUUAUGAAUAUGAACGUAGGGAGGGACACCAAGUUUGUCCUCAAUGCAAAACCAGAUUUAAGCGUCUCAAAGGGUUUGCUAGAGUUGAAGGGGAUGAAGAAGAAGAUGACAUUGAUGAUUUGGAGAAUGAGUUUGAUUUUCAUAGACAAAAUGAAGAACAAGAUAUUCAAAUCCCCAUGUCUCCUCAAGGUGACGAACUUUAUGAAGAGAACAAUAAUGCUAUAGUUCCUUUAAGUUCAACAAAACUGAAAAAAGAGAUAAAUUUAUUGCAAGCAAGACCAAUGGAUCCUUCCAAGGACCUAGCUGCUUAUGGCUAUGGAAGUAUUGCUUGGAAGGAGAGGAUGGAGAAAUGGAAGCAAAGACAAAGCAAAAUUGGUAAUAUGAGAAAAGAAAAUAAUGAUCAUGAAGAAUCAGAUAAGGUUGUGGAUAAUGACAAUGAAUUUCCUUUAAUGGAUGAAUCAAGACAACCAUUAUCAAGAAAAUUAUCAAUUCCAUCAAGUCAAAUAAAUCCUUAUCGUAUGAUCAUAAUAUUAAGAUUAAUUGUUCUUGGAUUUUUCUUUCACUAUAGAAUCAUGCAUCCAGUGGAGAAUGCUUAUGCUUUGUGGCUUGUGUCAGUAAUAUGUGAAAUUUGGUUCACUCUUUCAUGGAUUCUUGAUCAAUUCUCAAAGUGGUUUCCUGUCAUCAGAGUAACUUAUCUAGACAGACUUUCAUUAAGGUAUGAAAAGGAAGGUGAACCGUCACAACUUAGUCCAAUUGAUAUAUUUGUGACAACAAUUGAUCCAUUAAAAGAGUGUCCUCUAGUGACAGCAAACACAGUUCUAUCAAUUCUAGCUAUAGAUUAUCCUGCUCAAAAGGUGUCAUGUUAUGUUUCUGAUGAUGAUGCAUCAAUGUUAACAUUUGAAGCAUUAUCUGAAACUUGUGAAUUUGCAAGGAAAUGGGUUCCUUUUUGCAAGAAAUUCAACAUUGAACCUAGGGCUCCAGAAUGGUAUUUUGCUGAGAAAAUCAAUUAUCUAAAAGAUAAAGUGCAUUCAUCAUUUGUGAAAGAUCGAAGAGCAAUGAAGAGAGAAUAUGAAGAAUUUAGAGUUAGAAUAAAUUGUUUAGUUGCAAAGGCUAAGAAGGUUCCAGAAGAAGGAUGGACAAUGCAAGAUGGAACACCAUGGCCAGGAAAUAAUGUUCAUGAUCAUCCAGGAAUGAUACAAGUUUUCUUAGGUGAAAACGGUGGAUGUGACAUCGAUGAAAACGAAUUACCACUUUUGGUAUAUGUUUCUAGAGAAAAGAAACCUAAAUUCAAUCAUCAAAGAAAAGCAGGCGCACUAAAUACACUGGCUAGAGUAUCUGCUGUGUUUUCCAAUGCACCAUUUGUGUUGAACUUAGACUAUAAUCAUUACAUCAAUAAUAGCAAAGCUAUAAGAGAAGCAAUGUGUUUCAUGAUGGAACCAUUACUAGGAAAAAGUGUAUGUUUUGUUCAAUUCUCCCAAAGGUUUGAUGCUAUGGAGACUAAUGACCAAUUUGCCAAUCAAACAAACACAUUUGUUGAUAUAAACAUGAAGGGUUUGGAUGGAAUUCAAGGACCUACAUAUGUUGGGACAGGAUGUGUGUUUAGAAGACAAGCACUUUAUGGUUUUGAUGCUCCAAGGAAAAAGAAGUCACCAAAUAAGACAUGUAAUUGUUGGUUAAAGUGUUGUUGUUUUGGAUUAUGUUGCAUGGAAAAGAGAAAGAAGAAGAAGAUGAAGAAGAAAUCCAACUAUGAAAUUAUGGAAAGUAGUCAUAGAAAAGCAAAUUCUGAAUCAUCUAUUGCUGAGAGUACUAUAGGAAAUGAAGAUGUCUUUUCUCCAAUCUCGAAUCAAAAGUAUGUCAAGAAAUUUGGACAAUCUCCUAUUUUCAUUGCAUCUACUCAAUUGAUUGAUGGUGAGAAACUAAAUCAUGGCAAACUUGCUUCCCAAGUUACAGAAGCCAUACAUGUCAUUAGUUGUGGCUAUGAAGAGAAAACAGAAUGGGGCAAAGAGGUUGGAUGGAUCUACGGUUCGGUUACCGAAGAUAUCUUAACCGGUUUCAAAAUGCAUUGUCACGGAUGGAGAUCAAUAUAUUGUAUACCUGAAAGGCCAGCAUUCAAAGCAUCUUCACCAACAAACCUUUCUAAUGGUUUACAACAAGUUUUUCAAUGGGCCCUUGGAUCCAUUGACAUUUUCAUGAGCAAACAUUGCCCUAUUUGGUAUGGAUAUAAAGGAGGAUUGAAAUUCUUAGAGAGAAUUUCUUACAUCAAUGCAAUUGUAUAUCCAUGGACAUCAAUACCUUUGGUGGCUUAUUGUACUCUUCCUGCUGUUUGCUUGCUUACCGGAAAAUUCAUCAUUCCUGAGCUUAAUAAUACAGCUGGCAUGUGGUUUAUUGCACUAUUCUUUUGCAUUUUCACAACAAGUGUAUUAGAAAUGAGGUGGAGUGGAGUUACAAUAGAUGAAUGGUGGAGAAAUGAACAAUUUUGGGUAAUAGGAGGUGUAUCAGCAAAUCUAUAUGCUGUAUUUAUAGGCCUAUUCAAACUCAUAACAGGUGUAAAUAGCAAUUUCAUUUCAACAUCAAAAUCAACAACAAGAAAUGAUGAAGACAAACAACAUUAUGAUACAAUGAUGUUUGGUUUGAAGUGGACAACAUUAUUAAUCAUACCAACAACAUUACUUAUACUAAACAUAAUUGCUAUGGUUGCUGGAUUAUCACAUGCAAUCAACAAUGGUUUUGUGGCAUGGGGUCCAUUGUUUGGGAAACUAUUGUUUUCAUUUUGGGUUAUUGUUCAUUUGUAUCCAUUUCUUAAGGGGAUGGUUGGAAGGAAUAAUAGGACUCCUACUAUUGUUCUUGUUUGGUCAGUCUUGCUUGCAAGUUUUUUUUCUGUUUUGUGGGUGAAAAUUGAUCCUUUUUUGCCUAAGUCAAAUGGUCCAAUUUUAGAAGAAUGUGGAUUGGAUUGUAAUUAG